AAGUCAUUCUGCUCGCCUCUCUGCUUGUUCUGCUCGCCUCUCUGCUUGUUUCAUGCGUCUAUCCGUUCAAUGGCAGCCCCGCCAUCUCACGCGCUGCCCCACAUUCUCCUAUUUAACGCGCCCUCGUCCUCGCCUCUCGUUCCUACCCGCAACCCCUUUCAUCCUUCGUGGUGCGGUAACUCCGUCCCCUUGUCCGCACCCCUCUCUGCCUUCCUGGUCUCGGCUGACUCCGUCCCCGCUGCUCGUUUUACAUUACGCUUCGGAAUCCCCGAAUUUCCGGCCGACUGGCCCCGUGGAAGUCGGUUCCGCGUCCGCGCAGGCGGCGACUCCACGUCAUUCCGACGUGGCAUUCACGUGUCCCAGCACGGCCUAUCGUCAUCCGCGCUCGGCUUACGGACCGCGCAUCUGGGGCUACGCGUAUCGCGCUGCGCUAGGAGCAGCUGGCAGCGGGGGAGAGGCGGGAGAGGGUGCAGAGGCCGCGCAAGCGAAGCAGAUUAUAACGGGGAGAAGGGUGGCGGGGAGACUAACGAAGGGCACCCCCCGGAGGAUAUUCUGAAGACCGUUGAUACAGCUGAAGCUGCAGCUACAGCUACAGGAGCAGCAGCAGGAGCAGAAGCGGGAGGGGAGGAGCGAGAGGGGAAGGUGCGUGCGAAGAUAAGGGAGCGCACCAAGGUGGCCAUGAGCGACCCGAACAUCCGUGCACGGCUUAAGGAGCGCGGGCACAGGCAGAGUGUGCAAACGCGCGCUCUGAUCGCGGCAAAGCUGCGCGCCAACUGGCAGCGGCGGCACGAGCAGCUGGCGCUGGUGGCCGCGUUGCAGCGCGCGUGGCGGGGGGAGCAUAGUGAGGAGCACAGGAAGCGAAUCAGCGACGCCAUCAAAGCCAAGUGGGCAGACCCGGAGUAUCGCAGUCGAGUGGCCUCUGCUAUUCGCCUGGUGCGGCCUGGCAAGAGCCCUGCUGGGAGCAGGAGCAAGAGGGCAGAAAGAACAAGAGACUCAGGCACAGGGGAGGGGAGAGCAGGCCGGAGGAAGAGCAGCGAGAAGGACGCAGCAGAGGACGGCUCAGCUAGUACUCUUGACACUUCUCUAGAGGGGGCUCUUGAUUCUUCUUCUGCUGCUGCUGUUGCAUCAUCGUCUGUUUCGGCGCCUGGUUCUGGAGAUGGUGCUUCAGCAGCGCCCAGCAGGAACACUGUUGCAAAGGCAGCAAAAGCAUCAACAGCAGCGGCAGCAGUGGUGGUGAUUCCAAACCCAGACGAGGCGUUUGUGGAGCUGGAGGCGCUGAGGGAGGGCGAGAGGGAUAGAGUUGGGGGGGCCAGUGACAAUGGAAAGGGCGGUGGAGGUGGGAACUUGACAUUUGGUGGGGGGGGCACCAGCGACAGCAGCAGCAGCAGCAGCAGCAGCAGGAACAUUGGGAGCAGCAGUGUGAGAGAGGAGGGUAUUGGCAUGGGCGAAGCGGGUGUGUGGGACAGCAUGGGCGCUUCUGCAUCUGCGUCUGCAUCCGUGCCUGCGCUGGACGCACAGCAGAGCAUGACACGGCACAUGGUGGCGCGCAGGCGCAAGCAACUGGCAGAGAGAGCACGUGUGCUGAUGGCGGAGGCGGAGCAAGCAGCGCAGGCGCUGGCAGCAGUGGCGGGGCGGGACAACCGCGCCAUGGCGUCGCUGCUGGAGACACGGCGCCUGCUGGAUGAGGCCAGGCGCGCCGUCACAGAGGCCGAGGGGCUGCCAGGGGGCGAGGGGGGAGUGAGGAGGCGGGAGAUAAGGAGGGUGGUGGUGUGGCGUGUGCUUGACAGGGGGCGCACAGAGGAUGGUCGGAAUGAGAGGGGUUGGCUAGUGUGAAGUUGAACGCAGAGAGUGAGAGGAGUUGAAUGUGCGUGGGGUGUGGCAAGGCAAUGCAAGGCGGUAUACUGGGGUGGGUCUGACUCAAGUCAUUUGUGACCCCAUGGCGUACACAAUCCGAGGAUGACGCAAGGCUGGACUGGACUGGAGCCAUGAGCAUUGUGUUGACUGGUCGGUCGAUUUCAAUGCUGUGGUAUUCCUAUCCUAUCAUGGAUAUAUUGUUACAAGCGUAAUCACGGUAUUGAGAGAACCCUAGCAGGCGUUAUUGUAGUUGGAGGCCAUACAUACCGG